CAAGGAGAAUGAUAGGUAGAUUUAUUAUUUCGAUUUUUUCUAACAAGGUUUCCAACUAAUAUGACGCGAAAUUAGUGACCACACCGCCAUGAACCAUACACCACUUUCUCUCUCUUCUCUCUCUCCUCUUCGAAAUUUCAAAAUUCUGUUGGACUAACCGCAUCCGUAGCAAACUUCCCAACUUCCCAAACCCACAAAAUAAGAAAUAAAAGGAAACACUCAUUCAAAUCCCCCUGUUUCCAUGCCAGAUUCUUCACAUAGGGAAAGUUGAAAUUCUUUCCAUUUCUUGCAAAUUCCCAACAGGGUUCCCAUUACUUUCUUUGAAAUCUCCAAUGAUUCUGUGAAAAAACUUUCAUGUAUAAUGGUGGUGGAUGUGGCUUUGGAUUUUGAGGGCCCAUAAAAAUGGAUAAUGGUUCUACACCCCUUACUGCCAUAGCCGAGUCCUUCGAAGGGCUUGCCAAAUUUGUAAAUUCUUUGAAGGAUUCUUCUCAAGAACUCCGAUUGGAUACGCUCUGUGAAGCUUGUUCCCUUGUCUCUGUUCUUUUCAGUUCUCUCGGCCUCGCCUUCAAAUUCGCAGAGUUAGAGUACGUCUCCAAGGUGCGUGAUCUUGUUGAAGCUUCCAAGAAAUAUAAGACAUUGCAUACGAUACUUGAUGCUGAUAUUGCAAAUGACACGGUCAAAACGCCCGGAAGCCAUUCUCGCAAUCUGCGUCGAGUUCGGCAAGGAUUGGACCUUAUUAGAGCUCUGUUUGAACAGUUCAUGUCCACUGAUGAGUAUUCGUUAAGGGAAGCUGCCUCAACAGCUUAUACUCAAGUUUGCGCGCCCUACCAUAGCUGGGCAGUGAGAACAGCAGUUUCUGCUGGAAUGUAUACUCUUCCAACAAGGGAGCAGCUUUUGCUAAAGCUUAACGAGACUAAUCAGUCGGCAGAGAAGAAAAUGAGAAGGUAUAUCAAUGCUUCGGGCCCGGUUAUAGAAUAUAUUGACAAGCUUUACAUUUCUAGGAAGAUCAGCUUGGACUGGUGACUUUUGACCUCCUGUAGACAAUUGAUUCUUCACUAAUCCUAUCUAAGCAAAGCACUUCAUCUCUGACGGAGUUGGUAUCAAAAGAAAGUUGAAGGAUAUGAUUUCAACAUAAACUAUUUUCCUUUGUAAUACACAUUUUGUUUAGUGUUAUUGUCUGUAUAUAAUAUUUGAACUUAUAAUAUGUCGGAUCGGAGUAUCGGAUAGAUCAUGGUAAAAGGUCACAGUACCUUUGAAUUUGAGUAUAAAGCAAAAGGGGGAAAUAGUAGAAUAUGGAUAAGUUGAAGGAUAUGGUUUUCAACGUAAA